AUGGCUGUGGAACAAAACCAAGAAAAUUCAGAGGAGAAUGGGGAGGAAUGCAUCAUUUGUUUAUCGGAACUGCCCAAUUGUCCUUUAGACAAGUGGGACGUUAGCGCAUUACCUGCAUCACUCUCUACAUCUCCUAAUGGGAUUUACGUGGCUACGCUUCCAUGUCGGCAUUAUUUUCACAAUCAGUGUUUGGAAUCCUGGUGCCAGGUUGCAAAUACGUGUCCUCUUUGUCGUAUAGAGUUUUUCAAAGUUGAUGUAUACGAAUAUGUAGGUGGUCCUUGGUUGCGAGCCUACCCAGUCGAGGAAAAAGUACAGGCAGUAGCGAACGCAGAGGCACCACCCGAAUUUAUAGAGACGGAUGAUAUGACUCGUUGUGUUAUUUGUGGUGGAUCACAACAACAAGACGUUUUACUUUUAUGCGAUGGAUGUGAUGAUGCAUAUCACACAUUCUGUUUAGAAUUGGACGAAGUUCCGGAAAACGAGUUUUAUUGCCCCAAUUGUGUUUUCCUAAACAACGAUAAUGUUAAUACCUUGGCUUCUCGUAUUUCGCUUUCUCAUCGUCGGCGAACGAAUGGUCGUGCUGCCAGAGCUUCAAGAGUCUCGCAACGACAACAACGUGCAUGGACUAGAGCGUGGAAUGCAAUUCGCAAUCGAGCAUGGGAAACUUUAAAUUCUGAUUUAUCCUAUUAUUCGCUUGAUGGUGAUAUUCCUAGGCGAGAUCAUGCUUCCGACUUGCUAAGGAGAAGAAUUGAAAACGCUCGGUUGCGGUCCGAUUCGAAUGUGAAUGAUGAACAACAGCAGCAACCACCAUUUGUACAAACGCCUGUUACAAAUGAUUCAGAAAGAAAAGCUUGGAAUGAUUUUGAUGUAAUGCUGCAUAACAAUGAAGAUCACUCUAAUACUGGUGAUAGGUCGAAUCAUAAGGCUUCGACGCCUGCUGAACGCUCGUCAGCAGCAGACACAAACCAAAGGAAGAAGCUAAAAAAACCAGUCCAUAGAAAUCGAAGCAUUUCAAUUUCUACGGCUCUAGGUUCUUCUUCUAACCAGUCAACGACUAAUGACGAAGCGCAUAAACCAUCUCUACUUGCGAAUUUAAUAGAUAACAUCAACCGUCCAUCUCCUUCUUCUCAGACUGAUUCUCAAUUUCUAUCAAAAGUACAAUCCAUUUUAAAACGAUCUCAAGAAGGCACCUCGUCAAAUAACUCUAAUGAGCCUCAUUUAACUCCUCUUUUUUCUAAUCUUUCUCCUCAAAGCUCUCCUCCACCCCGUCUGGAAUCCUCGUCUCCAAUUUCCAGUCACUUUGAUGGUCCUUCACAGCCUACCGAACCUGGUGAAAUUCUUGAUAAUGAUUAUUCACAGACGAGUAUUGAUCGGCGGACUGUUCCUCGGUCAUCUGGGCGACGAGAAUUAACAAAAUCUACGAAGUUGCCGUAUGAAGUGAAGUAUCGAAUAGAACGGUUGGUUAAUGCUGCAUUAAAGCCGUACUACAGAGAUGCUAAAAUCACAAAGGAGCAGUUUGCUAAAUUCAACAAAAAUAUUUCUCGAUCACUGUAUACUUUAUUUUUAGAUGGCUCACUUUCAUUUGAAAGGUCAGGUCAGUAUCAAAUUGCAAACGAAAUUCGAGAGCGGGUUGAUUCUUGUAUGCGUUCCAAUGGUGAAAGUUGUUAA